GGAACCUUAUACGCGGGUGAACGGUUCACCUUGGAAUUUCGAUUCACACCGAACUAUCCAAUGGAAUCUCCCGAAUGGAGUCCUGUCUUAAGUGUUAGGUCUGUUUGUCUUUCGAUACAGUCGAUGCUAUCAAGCUGUACAACCAAGGAACCACCACCGGAUAAUAACCACUAUGUGAAGACUGCAAAAGCUUCUCCGAAGCAAACUCAAUG